AGGGGCUUGGCGUGGGAUCUGAUGCUCCAGGACUGCUGCCGCUCACACCAACCAACGCGCUGGGAGAAGAUGCCUGGGGGUCCCCAUGUCCACCGAGGCCUGCCUGCCCCUUUCUUUGGCCUCUUCCUGUUGUCCCUGGCCUGCCUGGGCCCUGAGUGCCAUGAGCUGUGGGUGCACGAGGGUCCUCCAUCCAUAACUGUCUACCUCGGGGAGGAGGCCCGCCUCCCCUGCAAUAACAACGGCAGCAAGGACGCCAACGUCACAUGGUUUCACAUCCUGCCCGGCAACACCUUAUGGCCCCCACAGCCCUUGGGCUGGAAAAGCAACAAUGACAGUGACUGGGUCAUCCACAAGGUGGGCAAGGAUCACAGUGGCAUGUACCGGUGCAAAGUGAAGGACGAGAAGAGGGAGAAGCAAUCCUUCGGUACCUACCUCCGUGUACGUGAACCACCCCCUAGACCCUUCCUGGACAUGGCAGAAGGCACCAAGAACCGCAUCAUCACCGCCGAGGGCAUCAUCCUGCUGUUCUGUGCUGUGGUGCCCGGGACGCUGCUGCUGUUCAGGAAGCGGUGGCAGAACGAGAAAUUCGCAGUGGACGCCCAGGAUGACUACGAGGACGAAAACCUUUACGAAGGCCUGAACCUCGACGACUGCUCCAUGUACGAGGACAUCUCGCGGGGCCUCCAGGGCACCUACCAGGACGUGGGCAGCCUCGACAUCGGAGACGUGCAGCUGGAGAAGCCGUGACGGCGCUGCGUCCCCCGCGCCCUGCGCCGCCCCCUCCGCAGCGCCGCACACUCCACACUCUCCCUUGGGUUUUUUUCUGGGAAGUUCCUUGAGUCACCGCAGCGUCCCGUUCCGUCUGCUUCUCUCCAGGCCUCCCCCUCCGUCUCUCCCAUCCGCUCAGGCUCCCUCCCCCGGCGGGUAAUGAGCCCUUAAUCGCUGCCUCUUAGGGGAGCUAUCCCCGCAGCCUCGUUAGCGUCACCCCACCCCCUCCCCACUCCGACAGGGCCACUUAGCGAUAAUAAAUCCGUCCCACUGGCACACCUCA